AUGCCGCUACUCCAGAGGAUGAACAACCAAAACCUGCAAGAAAUCCAAAACCUCAAAGAUGAAGUAAGGUCCGCUGGAUCAACUGACAUCUGGAUCGCUGUCGGAGUGGGAUUAAGCUUCCUAAUUAGCGGUUCCAUUCUGCUCCAUCUAGUGUGGAGGAGAAGACAAGUUGCAUUGGAAGAGCGACAGGUGGCCGACAAAUUCAAAGCGACUGAAGACGGUCUUACUCCUAACGGGGAAGUAGUUAACAUUACUGAAGGUAACAAAGGGACGGUAGAAACCUUGGGAGAUUCUUGGAUUGCCCUAGUGUUUCUAGAUGCCGACUCAGCACAGAAGCCUUUGGGGGCGGCGCCAGUAUCCCAUUGGUUCCCAGUGUGUAACGUUGGAGGAGGAAGACAUAUGCCACAGUUUGCCGGCACACAGCUCCCACAUGCAGUAUCAUUGGGACACACAUUGACGCCAGCUCAAGUUGCAUCGCGUCAGGUCAUAUCACGGGACUUGCCAGUUUUCAACGGAAAGCCCGAAGAGUGGCUUUUAUUUAUAAGUAAUUAUGAACAAUCAACCGAGAGAUGUGGAUUUACCAACGAAGAAAAUCUAAUCAGACUCCAGAAGUGCCUGAAAGGAUCUGCGCUAGAAGCUGUGCGAGGAAAGCUUAUGAUCCCAGCUAUGGUACCUUAUGCUAUUGGAACGCUAAGGAUGUUGUAUGGACGUUCAGAAAUAGUGCAUGCUCGCUUGCAACGGAAGCUAAAAGAAGAGCCGUCCAUCAAACCCAACAAUUUGGAAUCCGUGAUUCGACUGGCACUGGCAGUCCAGAAUUAUUGUGCAACAAUGAUGUCAGUAGGACUACAGGAAUACCUUAAUGAUUAUUCUCUGUUAAGCGAUUUGGUUGCUAAGUUGCCAAGUGAUCUUAAGCUGGAUUGGGGUAGACAUCGUUUAGCAGCUGGUGCCGCCAAUUUGACCACCUUUGACAAGUGGCUUUUUGGAAUAGCGAUGUGCGCGACGAUGGUUGCACCCUAUGAAUGUCACUCAACAGAGAAAGAUAAAAGUGGAAGGUAUUCAAAGGAGCGCCUGCUAGUGCACGACAUGCUAGGAAGCAAUGACGACGGCAAGUCGAAGGCACACGUCACAGAAGAUCAACCUUGUCCAGAAUGUGGCUGCGACCAUGGUCUGGCAAAUUGCAAAGGAUUCUUAUCCAUGUCCAUCAAGUCGAGAGUGGAAUUUAUUAAAUCCAAACGACUUUGCUUUUAUUGUUUUGGAAAGCAUAUUGUCCGUAACUGCAGAGUGAAGAAACUUUGCACCCUCGAUGGAUGUAAGUUACCGCACAACGUGCUACUGCAUUAUCCGAAUACUGAGAUUAACAGCGAGAUUCGUAAUGACAAAGAGGACAGCCCUAGAAAAACCGGCGAUUCAGAGACCAGCGAGUCAACAGUUUUCUUUCAUGAGAAAUCAACAACAAAGGCCCUGUUCCGUUAUAUACCAGUAACUUUGCACAAUAACUCCCGUAGCAUAGACGUUUAUGCUCUAAUCGACGAAGGCGCGUCCUGCACGCUAAUAGAACGAUCGUUAGCCGAUGAGCUAGGGCUUGACGGUCCUGAAGAGCACCUUUGUCUUAAGUGGACUAGCGACGUGACCCAGAGCGAGUCAAAAUCGAGAGUCGUUAGCGUCAGUGUUUCCGCUAAGGGUCGUCCGGAAGUAAGACACGGACUUAAAGGAGUGCGUACUGUAAGCCAUUUGAAUCUUCCAUUGCAAAGCAUCGAAGAUCGGACACUCAAAGAACGUCAGCACUUGAGAACAGUUCCAAUUUCAACAUACAAAGAUGUUAAGGCUCAAAUUAUCAUCGGACUAGACAAUAUUAAGAUCAGUGUGCCGCUGGAGGUACGUCAAGCUGAAAAUGACGAUCUUAUUGCCGUUCGAUGUAAAUUAGGAUGGUCUGUGUACGGCCGCCAAGGACCGGAAAAUGGCACGCCACCUCAUGUAUUCCAUAUCUGCCAUUGCACAACAGUUUGCGGUACGCGGAAACUUGAUGAAGCUAUGAAGGCAUUCUUCUCGUUGGAGUCAUUCGGCGUGAGUGUUCCUUUAAAACCGUUGCGAUCUAAGGAAGAUGAACAGGCGCUAAAGAUAAUGGAGGCAACUACAAAAUACAUUUCCAACGAAAGGCGCUGGGAGACUGGGCUGUUGUGGAAGUACGACAAAAUCAAUAUGCCCGAUUCGUACCCCAUGGCUCUCAAAAGGCUCAAGUGCCUUGAGGCGAAAAUGUUAAAAGAUCCGAAGCUGAAAACGUUUUUGAAUAAUACCAUGCAGCACUACAAGGAAAAGAGAUACAUUCGCAAACUGGAAAAGUGUGAGUUAUCAAACAGUACACGUUCUUGGUAUCUUCCCAUAUUCACGGUUACAAACCCUAACAAAAAGAAGACACGCCUGGUCUGGGACGCGGCAGCGCAAGUUGACGGCAUAUCACUAAACGACACUCUUUUAAAAGGACCAGAUAUGUUGGUGUCCUUGAUGGGUGUGCUGUUGCGCUUCAGAGAACGACCUAUAGCGGUAUCAGGUGAUAUACGUGAAAUGUUUCAUCAAAUUAAGGUUUGCGCCCUAGACCAAUAUUCCCAGAAGUUCUUAUGGCGUAAUGGAGAAAUUAAUCGCCCACCGGAUACAUUCGUAAUGCAAGUGAUGACGUUCGGCGCUGCAUGCUCGCCGUCACUUGCCAACUUUAUAUUGAGACGUAAUGCAGAGAGAUUUGGUGAAAGUCAUCCAGAAGCCGUAAAAGCAAUUUGUCGAAACACUUUCGUUGACGAUUGGUUGGAGUCAGUUGAUACAGAGGAGCAAAUGGUUCAACUCGCAAAUAUUAUUAAGGAUAUUCACGCGAAGGGUGGAUUCGAAAUGAGAAAUUGGCUAUCAAACUCCAAGCGCGUCGUGCGCUCUCUGAAUGACGUUUAUGAAGCAUCGCCUAAGUAUCUUGGCACACAGGACGAACUACAGGAGAAAGUGUUAGGGAUGUGGUGGCUGCCCGAGUCGGAUAUGUUAACGUUUGUCAUCAAGCCUGAGUUGCUGCAGAGGUCGUCAGCUGGCUCUCAUACGAAGCGCCGAGUGCUGAGUAUCGUUAUGUCCAUUUUCGAUCCACUCGGGCUUCUUGGAUUUUUUAACGUACGUGCCAAAAUUAUUCUCCAAAAUAUUUGGAGGUCUGGUGUGAACUGGGACGACGCAAUCAAGGAACAGGAUGAGAUUGACUGGAUGAAAUGGCAGGCCUUACUGCCCAAACUGAGCGAUCUGCGUAUUCCUCGCUACAUGUCAUGUUCGAGCAAUGUUAAGAGUCUGCAACUACAUAUGUUCGUUGAUGCUAGUUUGGAUGCUUACGCUGCGGUAGCUUAUUUGCGUAUUGAUCUUGGAGGCGAAAUCCGAUGCUCCUUGCUAGCAUCGAAAACCAGAGUAGCGCCUUUGAAACCUAUAUCGGUACCACGAAUGGAAUUAAUGGCAGCGAUUUUAGGAUUGCGCCUGGCCAAGUGUUUGGAGUCUGAGCUAUCAAACGAAAUUGAAAAACGCGUAUUCUGGACUGAUGCUCAAGAUGUUCUGUUCUGGAUAAGAUCCGACGCUCGCAAGUACCCGCAAUUUGUAGCUCUACGAGUCAGAGAAAUUCUUGAAGGGUCCGAAGUUGGUGAAUGGCGCUGGAUACCCUCGGAACUAAAUGUAGCGGACGAUGGGACUAAAUGGACAAAAAGUGUUGAGGUAAAUAGUUCAAUACGAUGGUUUACCGGACCGAAUUAUCUGUUUCAGGAUGAAUCGGAGUGGCCACGCGGAAAUGAAAUGUCUAAAACCAGAGAAACUCAAGUAUUGUACCACAAGGAGGAAAUUAAGAAACAAAUCUCGCCUUUGGCAUGUGUAAUGCCGGAUCCACUACGUUUCAGCAAACUGGAGCGUCUGCGUGCUGCGCAAAAGAGAGUUUUGGAUUUUCUACGCCUUCUUUCCGUGAAACCGCACGGACCUGAGCUGGAGGGACUGCUUUUGCUUAAGCGCGAUGUAGAAAUGGACACAAUUUUCAUACGGACAUGCCAAGAAGAAGAGUUUUUUGAUGAAAUUCGAUGCCUUAAGGAAAAUCGUUGCCUGACAAACCGGAAAAGCAUAAUAUAUAAAUGCUCGCCGUACUUAGACCCAGUCGGAGUGCUUCGUAUGCACGGUCGAAUCGAUGCUAUCGAAAAUGUUGAAGUCAGCGUAAAGCGUCCUGUUAUACUUUCGCGUCACCACAGGAUUGCAUACCUUAUAGUAGAGUAUCACCACCGGAAGUGCCACCAUCUGCAUGCAGAAAUAGUUGUCAACGAAAUACGACAAAAGUAUUGGAUACCAGGUAUGCGAGCCCUUGUAAAGGAAAUCAUCAAUAACUGUCCCGUGUGCUGCAUCAGGCGAGCACAACCCAUUCCACCGAUGAUGGGAGCUUUACCAAAGGAACGUCUAUCGGCACAUACACUACCAUUUACGUUUACUGGAGUAGACUACUUUGGACCCAUUGAAGUUGCUGUAGGAAGGCGUCGCGAGAAGAGAUGGGGAGUUUUAUUUACUUGCCUGACAGUUCGCGCUGUUCAUUUAGAAUUGGUGCCAUCUCUUUCAACGGACUCAUUUUUAUUGGCUCUAAAACUAUUUACUGCUCGCAGAGGUGUGCCUCUUAAGAUGCUAUCCGAUAACGGAACGAAUUUUCGGGGAGCCAGCAGAGUACUCGCGCAAGAGAUCGAACGUAUAUCAACGUCAGCAGUGGAAAGCCAGUAUCCGGAGAUGUCGUUUACCUUUAUUCCUCCUGGAUCGCCUCAUAUGGGCGGCAGCUGGGAGCGUAUGGUGCGCUCUACAAAGUCAAUCUUGACGGAAAUUCUGUCGAACGUCGGACUGCGCGAGGAAGUAUUGCGCGCUGCGUUGGCCGAUGUCGAAUGCACCCUAAACUCAAGGCCGUUGACCUAUAUUCCGUUGGAAUCGGAAAAUUCGGAAGCCCUUACUCCAAAUCACUUCUUGUUUGGUAACUCCAGUGGUCUACGGGAACGCGGUGCGAUGGAAACCAAUGGAUUAGGCUUGGCCAAAAAUUUCCGCAUCGCUGGUCAACUAGCAGAUCGUUUCUGGAGAAGAUGGAUUCGAGAGUAUUUACCCACCCUGACGAGACGUACAAAAUGGUUUCAGCCGAACUUAGCUCCAAUUUCCGUGAAUGACGUGGUUCUUAUUGUUGAUGAAACAAGCAAGCGAAACUCCUGGCCUAAAGGGAUCGUCGUGGAUGUUCAUUUGGCGAAGGAUGGACUCGUUACUCGCCCGGCAGUUAAACUGGCUAAAUUGGACAUCAUAAGGAUUGGUAAUACUCAGCGUAGUCACGCAGAAGAAUCACAAGGUGGGGAAUGUUGCGAGGCUAAUAAGAAGGUUUAG